UUUUCUUCCUUCAAUAAUUUCUUCGCAACCACCCUUUUCUUUGUUUACUACAGCACGUUAUCUUAUUCCAGAAGAAGGACCAUCAAGCUUUACUCAAGAUGUCUGACCUCGCCCAAAAGACCGCCGACAUGUCGAUAAACGACAAGCAGGCCAAGCAGGCCAAGAAGCCCAAGGCCGGUAACGCCCCUGCCCCUCAGAUUGACCGCCCCGAGUUCAUCGAGCACCGCAACCGCAUUUUCGACGAGCUGUAUGCCAAGCAGCAGGAGGAGGUUGCCAACAAGCCGCGUGAGAAGAUCGCCAUCACUCUGCCCGACGGCUCGCAGCGCGAAGGUCACCUCUCGCUGGCCAAGCGCCUUGUGAUCGCCAAGACUGAAGAGGGCAAGAAGGUAUACUGGCACUCGAGCGCCCAUGUUCUGGGCGAGGCAUGCGAGCUGCACUUUGGCUGCCAUCUGUGCAACGGUCCCCCAAUCGAGGACGGUUUCUACUACGAUAUUGCCCUGCCCGAGGCACUAGGCCGCGGUGUGUCGCAGUCGGACUUUGCCCCGCUGGAGACCCUGGCCAACCGCGCAAUCAAGGAGAAGCAGCCGUUCCAGCGCCUGGUGCUGAGCAAGGAGAACCUGAUGCGGAUGUUUGAGUACAACAAGUACAAGGUUCAUCUGAUUGACACUCGCGUGCCCGACGGCACCUCGACCACGGUCUACCGCUGCGGCCCGCUGAUUGACCUGUGCCGCGGCCCGCACGUGCCGAGCACCGGUAGCAUCACCUCGUUUGCGGUGUUGAAGAACUCUGCCUCGUACUUUUUGGGCGACGCAAACAACGACUCGCUGCAGCGCAUCUACGGUAUCUCGUUCCCGGACAAGAAGCAGAUGACGCAGUACAAGAAGUUCCUGGAAGAGGCGGCCAAGCGCGACCACCGCAAGAUCGGUCUGCAGCAGGAGCUGUUCUUCUUCCACGAGCUGAGCCCGGGGUCGGCGUUCUUCCUGCCGCACGGCGCGCGCAUCUACAACACGCUGAUGAACUUUAUCCGCAACGAGUACUGGAGCCGUGGAUUCGAGGAGGUGAUCACACCGAACAUGUUCAACACCAAGCUAUGGGAGCAGUCGGGUCACUGGGCCAACUACCAGGAGGACAUGUUCAGUCUGGAGGUGGAGAAGGAGAAGUUUGCGCUUAAGCCGAUGAACUGCCCGGGCCACUGCCUGAUGUUUGGCAUCCGCGACCGGUCGUACCGCGAGCUGCCGAUCCGCUUUGCCGACUUUGGUGUGCUGCACCGUAACGAGGCCUCGGGUGCGCUGUCAGGACUGACGCGUGUGCGUCGCUUCCAGCAGGACGACGCGCACAUUUUCUGUACCCAGGAUCAGGUGGGUUCGGAGAUGAAGCAUGCGCUUAAGUUCCUGAGGGAUGUGUACGGCAUCUUUGGGUUCACGUUUGAGCUAGAGCUGUCAACUCGCCCGGAGAAGUUCCUGGGCGAGGUCGCCGUGUGGGACCGGGCUGAGAAGCAGCUGGCGGAGGCCCUCGAUGAGUUUGGCGCCAAGUGGUCGAUCAACCCUGGAGACGGUGCGUUCUACGGCCCCAAGAUCGACAUCACGAUCCGUGACGCUCUGAACCGCGCUCACCAGUGCGCGACGAUCCAGCUGGACUUCCAGCUGCCGCUGCGGUUCCAACUGCAGUACCGCGCACCGGCGGCAACCAAGGAGGAGGGCACCGAUUCGGCCAGCGACUUCCAGCGCCCGGUGAUCAUCCACCGCGCCAUCCUGGGAUCGGUCGAGCGGAUGAUUGCUAUUCUGACGGAGAACUUCGCCGGCAAGUGGCCGCUGUGGCUGUCGCCGCGCCAGGUCAUGGUUGUGCCUGUCACAGGUGUAGUGUACGAUUACGCGAAGGAGGUCCAGGAGCAGCUGCAUGCAGCUGGCUUCCACGCGGAGGUGGACCUGGGCGGCGAGACGCUGAACAAGAAGAUUCGCAAUGCCGAGCUGGCGCAGUACAACUUUAUCUGCGUUGUUGGUGCGCAGGAGGCGGAGGAGAAGAGCGUCAACGUGCGUUGCCGUGACGAUGUAGGCACCAAGGCCAAGGGACAGACGAUCCCGAACGCCAAGUUCAUUGAGGAGCUGAGCGCGAUCAGAGAGUCCAAGAGCCUUAGCAGCAAGCUGGGUGAGAGCGCUUGAAUAGCAUUUGAACAUUGAGUAAUACGUAAUAAGCGAGUCUACUUGCUGAGAUGUAUUCAGCUUGUUGCACGCCUACCGUGGCUGUCCCUGACGUCGACAUUUCUGCCGAAUCAGGUGACGGCUGUUAACCUUGGAGAUGGAAUGAGUAUUUGCGAGCGUGGUGUGAGCAAAAUAAAGGAUAAAUCAAGAU